UGGCUCCGGGGAGGUGGGGCGGGAGAGUGAAGCGGCCAGCUCACUUAGCUUUCGUACUCGGUGAUGAUGAUCUAGAUCCCGCUAGGGAGGUGGCGCCGCGUGGAUAUAUCGCGUGCCGGGGACCGGUGUGCGAGCGGUGGCCCAGCCCUUUGGAUCUCUCUGGCUGUGCCUGGGACUCGGCGCUGGGUGGAGCAGCCCCUGGCGGUGCCAAUGCGGAGGGCGUGCUCAGUAGCCGCCGCCUCCCUUGGCUCCACUUGCAGGAUACCACCCGGUGAGGGCCGCGAACUCGCGAGUAGAGCGAGGAGGGCGGGCUUCAGGAGGAGGAGCCGGGGGCACGGCCUCAGGACGCCCGCCCUCCGGGAGUGGCCACUAACUUGACCCAGCUGGCGUUCACGAGACCGCGGAGUCGCUGCCCCUGCAGCCCCGCCACGCUGCGCCCUUUCAGGCUGCAGCUCCCACCCUGACGCCACGCUGCGCCCUUUCAGGCUGUAGCUCCCACCCUGACGCCAGCGCCUUCCCCGGAGCAGCUCCUGACCCGGCAGCCCGGGCUGCGGCCAGGGGCAUGAGGCUCGCCGAGCACCCACGCCGAGGCCGUGCAGACCCGCGAUGGCUGCACAGCUACGCCGCCCCUGUGUAGGGUGAACACAAGACCCGAGGAGUGCUGAAAGAGGCCGGUGUUUGUCACAGAGGCCCGGGAGGAAGCCUGGUCACCGCUGCGUCAACAACCCUGCCCUGUUUCCCAAAGAUGCUGUUGACGUCGUCUUAACACCGCUCGCCUUCAGUCCGCCAAAGCUCUUCAUCAUGGGCUGCAUGAAGUCAAAGGAAACGUUCCCCUUUCCGACCACUUUAGACAUCCACAAGCUACAUGAGAGCGAAAUAGCUUUCAUGCCGGAUGACGGCUGUCAGACCCGGACCCCUUCUCCGGUUAGACCCCAAGUCCAAGAGGAAGAGAAGACACUCCCGGAGCCCAGCCCCGCGGUCCUCGAGUUCGCAGAGCGUCUGGCCAGUGAGAUCGUGCAGGAUGCAUUGCAGCAGUGGGUGUGUGAGAACAUCAAGUACUACAACAUCCCCUACAUCGAGAGCGAGGGCUCGGACACCGCCGUCGCCACCGGGUGAUGGCGUUCCGCUAGGCUCUGGAUGUGGUCGGUACUAGUUUAAAUACACGAGAGAAGUUUCAAAACCCCACCUGGAUGUACAGCCGUGUCUAUGAUAUUAGUGUAGCGAUGCUCACGAUGACAGACGGUUUUAGGCAGUCCUAUGUUAACAUCAAUGUAUAUCCGCUCCAUCUUGAAUUUGGGUCACAGAAAGGAGGGGCAGAGGUCUUGUGGCACCCAGCAACCAGCUGAGCUGUCUGCCCAAGCAUGUUCUUCCUGAGGCAGUGAUGGCAUAUCACCAAAGAAAACACUGAAUAAAAAGUGCCCAAAUUUCAAAUGGUUAUUUUAAGGGAUUGACUUUAAAAUGACUAUUUCUGUUAAUAUAUACCAAAAAAAAAAAAAAAAAAAGCCCAGACCAGGAAAAGGGGUUUCCUUAAAAUGUCUUGACAAAGAACUGAACUCCAGCCAUAGUGGCCCACAGCCUGUCUGCAUGCCAGGUACUGCCCACUUCCUGACACCGUAACUUAAAAUCAGAGAGCCAGCAGGAAAGGGGGCUGCCUCGGAUGCUCUUCCUAGGAAGUUCAUUUAUAGGUGAGAAGGAUAACUGACGUCCAGGGCCUCAGGGUCAUCCCACUGCUUUGCCUGGAUGAUUUAAACUUUGCCCAUUACAGCCAUCUUUAAAGGAUAAUUUAUAGGAGCCAUGACAUUAGUUUACGGGAUUGAGUUAGGAAGCUCUCUGACACCUUUUAUCCGAUGUCUUAACGACAGAAGCCCAGUCUGCGAGGUGACAAGCGAAGCCCAGUGUCGCGGCUCAGCGUGGGUAAAGCCUCCUGCAAUGCUGGUGCGGGUGCAGAGCCAGCACACAGGGGGUUACAAUUCUCCUCCACUAGACAGCAGAACAGAACACUCCUCCCCAAGGGAGCACCUAUGUGGGAUUUAGCAGUCACAGGGUGCUCUUAGCCACAGAUUAUAGAAAUGUUAUAAAUUAAGUAUUUGUAGUAUAUACAUUAGUAUAUACUGUUUAUAUAGUUCUUUAAAUAAAUAAAGCUCAAUAGUAACAGAGGUCAAAGCCAGUGGAAGAACGGUGCCGACUGUCCAGGAUUGUCACCAAGCUGUGCUAGACACCAGGUCUAACUAGAAAGAGAAUAGGCCCACCCACACCAGCCCUUCAGCGAUAUGGUUUAUCAGCAUCCUUGGAACCCAAAACCACUGGAGAAAGGCUAAUGAGAUAAAUAGGUGUGUGGCUUUGCCAAUAACAAGAAUCGUUGCCUCUAGUUUUCAUAAUGUGCUGAAAUCCAAGCCAAAUAGAGUGAAUUCUCCAAGUUUUAGGAGCACAGAGGCCGUUAUAAUGAGCUGUUUUUCAGUUUGCUUUCAGAUACCUGGCCAUUAGGCUAAUUUUACUAAGCCGUGGGAAGCGUAGCACCCCGCUACACCUGCAAUCCAGUAGCUCACAGAACUAAAGCAACCCCUCCUGUUCCUGGCUCUGCACGGAUUGUCCCUCCCAGAGUGGAGCCCUUUCCCGAAGUACAGUCUCUAGUUCGCCGAGCAGCGCAGCUUCCAGCGUCUGUGCUGAUGGCUCCGGUCACCAGUUUCUCCUAUGAGGUCACCU